AUGUCCUGCUUGAAUUGUCAAUCGAUUGAUCACAGAAUGGAUCAGAUUUAUCACCUGGAUACUCCACGUUCUUACGAUCACGACAAUUCGAUACAUUCAUCGAGCAUUCGUAGCCCUUGUAAUGAAAUGUACACUGGAAGUUACACAACAGCUGGAUGGAUCACUCCAAUGUCCAUGGAUUAUAGUAGAAGCACGACCGGCACAGAUACAUCCGGAGAGAACCGGUUUAAUUGCAACAUAAUAAAUUGUAGAGGCGAGCAACUUGUAUUCCCAGAGGAUAGGGUGGAAAUGAGGAAAAUAGCGAGCGAAUCAGCUCGAGAUCGACGAAUUUCAAUCGCUAAUGCAAGGUCCGUAGAAAGUAUUAAAAUUAGAUUGAAAAUGCUCGAAGAGAAGAAUGCCACGAUGCGUGAGAAGUUUCGUGAGCUCUUUGGAGAAAAAGAGAAUUUGAAAAGUCGUCUUGACGGGGAGAAAAGUAGAAACAAAGAGUUGGAGCAUAGAAUAGCUUCGUUGCAAGAAGAAUUGACGAAGACGAAGAGGGAAAUUAGUGAAAAAUCAAAUAAACGAAUGGAAGAUGAAAUUUUAAAUAAAAUGGAAAAUAGCAGCUCGACAACCGAUGUCAUUGCGACCGUAGAUCGGGCCGUACAGAAUUGGUCCCUUUGUCAGGGAUGUCAGAAUAAAUUGGAGAAUUUUACAAACGGUAUAACUACAGUCACAAUUACGAGAUCGGAGCUGGAUAUCAUGGAAAAGGACAUGCAAGUCCUAAGGGACGCAGUAAUCGCGAGAGAAGAAGCUUGGGACAAGGCAAUGGAACGGGAACAAACGUAUCGUCAGCAAAUACUUAGGCUAACGUGCGAGACGAUUACUAUGCGUCACAUUCAGGAAUCUCGUGAGGAAGAAUUAAGAGUUAUCGGUGAUAUCUUGAAAGAGAGAGAAGGCGACCUGAGGAAUCUACAGAAAAGAGAGAGCAGUUUAAGGAAGAUCGUAACAAAACUUAACAAGUAUCAAAGAGAUCCAGAAGUGAAUCUUGGAAAUUUUCCGACGUUAGAAUUGACUGAGAAAGAGCAGAGAAUUAUUGAAGAGUGCUCAAGACAAGUAUUAUCCAACUUGAAAGGAAAACAGAGAACGAAAUCAAAAGGAAACGUAGUAAGCGAAUCACAACAACAGUGA